AUGCACGCCGUUUCUUCGUACAUACUCAUGGGUAUCGCUCUUACUGGUGCAGCAGAUUUCACAGCUAUAGCGCAUCACAUACACCCCUCGCAUGUUGUGCGGAGACUGGAGAUGGACAUGAGCGGCAUGGAUAUGACACCAUCGACUUUAAUGGAGAAAAAAGCCUCGUCCACUACGUCAGAUGAUGACUAUAAAUGCCCUGUAUGUGGAAUGUCCACUAAGGACAUGAACUACGACAACUUGAACCAUAUUGGCUUUGUUAAUGGACAGAUUGUCUACACAUGCGGCAUGGCACCGCGUUCCUUUGACGGUUACAAGAUGGACUAUACUGACACGGCAUAUUUGGCCGCCAAUAUGGCUGAGUUUAUCGUAAACAUUACGGACAUUACGGCCUACGCCGAGUGUGAGAACUCGUGUGAAGCGUGUGGUGAUGGCAUCAAGGACCCUGUCACAGGUGACAAUGUGACCACGUCCAAUUACCAAUACGUGUGUCUAUCGAACGGGCAAAAGCUCUAUUUUGCAUCCACGACCAGCAAGAACAAGUACUUGACUAAUGUCAACUUGGAGCCGCGCUAUCUUGUGGACAGCAUCAUCUGCCACAACAAAACGUGCUUGGACGCCGAUAAAAUCACCGAGCUUAGCGCCGCGGCAAAGGCAUUCGUGCCAGACCUCUUGACUUCAAACAACCGUGGCUCAGCUAUUGCCAGCGACUCGAGUGCCGCCGUGUCGGUGAAGGCCCUGGCUAGUCUGACUUUUGUGAUUGCGAGCGGGAUGGUGGUACUGGCUGCGAUGGCUUAG